AUGUCCGUGAGCUCGCCCUUGGCCUCAACAGCUUCAACCAUGGCUCCUACUUUCGGUGCAAGGUUGACGCUUCCAAUACGUUCCCGACGUGCAAGUCUUGCAUCACGCCCCCGGCCCAUCUAUGAGUUUCCGCCCUUGUCUACGGAAACGGGCCAUGCACGAAUGGCCUCAAACACUAUACGUGCGCUCGACUUGUCAAGCAACGAAACUUCUACGCCACUUGACUCGUCACUGCCAUUCACCUCUAAUACCAUAACCGCUCUCGAUUUGGCAUCCGUCGACCACAGACGUAUCCGACCUGGCCCACGAGGGCCACUGACCGAGAGCGCACUGUUGGCUCACAACUUGGCAUACGACGGACCCUCAAUCCUAUCUAACUGGGCAAGAGUAUCCUCUGUAGCUGGAGUCGGCCGCAAUGGCGAACAAGCACCUCGACCGACCCCAGUUCCGGCGUAUCUGUACCGCACCCCGGUCGUGCCUUCUAUACAGCGUUGGUUCCCGAGUAUCGUAAACGCUCGGCAACGAACGCGUUGUGACAGAAUGAUGCUACGUGCGGGAGUCGAGGCGUUGUAUACCAAGGCCGCCCUCAUGGCCAACAACUCGCGCCUCGAAUGGGAGAUGGACUUCAUGGGAUACUUCCGCUGGAAGCCAUGGAGCAGACAAAGCGGCGAAGAACUUGUCAAAUGGGCCCAUGACCAAAGUCAUGAUUACUACUGGAGCUCCCAGGCCAAAGGAAUCUUUGAAAAGGCCUCGCAGAGUGGCUUUCCGCACAAGAGAUACUACCCAGCAUUCGAGGGAGGAGCCAUCUUGGACAAGUUCACUUUUCGCAUCCAAAAAAUGCUUCUAGACGCCGGAAUUCUCAACCUCGUCGUUGCGAGAAUCCACACGGACUAUUACAUCGUCGUGCCCGUUGGCCUGAGCCGCCCGGUGUACAACGCCAACGAGUUUAAUCCACUGGAACAGACCUUUAUUUCCACGUGGUAUCCUUUCUACUUCCUCCUUUUGGCGGAUCUGCCCGGCGAGGAUCGGUACAUGACUUUCCGUCGCGAGUUUAUGCGUGUCAGCAACACCCUCAGGGGCUACUAUAUCGAGCGAACACCCUCUUGGCGUGGUUGCUCUAGCCUCUGA